AUGGCCUCUUCUAUCUUGGUCCCAAUCAAAAGUGAUAGUGGGGAUAGUUCCAAUUGUUCAAUUUAUGAUCCAAAUGCACCUUCCUUCUUGAAAAAUCAUGACCUAAUCAAAGAAGGCGAUACAGUUAUUAUAUACGUUAGUUAUGGUCAUACACAUACCAUCAUUGUCAAACGAGGCAUCACUCUAGCCAUGAAAUAUGGGGCACUCCGACAUGAGUUCAUAAUCGAUAAGCCUUGGGGAUCUAAAAUAACUGCUACAGCAGGUUAUGUCUAUGCCUUACGUCCUACACCAGAUCUUUGGACUAGAUCGCUCCCAAGAAGAACUCAGAUUCUUUAUACUCCUGAUUGCUCACUCAUUCUACAACUGCUGGAUGCCCGACCAGGAAUGGUCAUCUGUGAAUCUGGCACCGGGAGUGGCAGUUUGAGUCAUGGCAUUGCUUUAGCGAUUGCUCCCAACGGUCACUUGUACACCCAUGAUAUCGAAGAAAGUCGUACGAAAAAAAUUGAGCAGGAGUUCCAAGAACAUGGACUGUCUGACAUUACAACUGCUGUGGUUCAAAACGUUUGUACGGAGGGUUUUUUCGUUCAAAAUGCUUGUGAUGGUGUUUUCCUCGAUGUUCCGGCUCCUUGGGAAGCUAUUCCUCAUGCAGCAAAUGCACUCUCUAAAAGUCGCGGUGGACGUCUGGUGUCUUUCAGCCCUUGCAUUGAACAGGUGCAAAGAGCAUGUGAGGUAAUGCGUUCACUGGGGUUCGUCCUGAUCGAAACUGUAGAGUGCGUACCAACAACACUGAAAGUAGUCAAAUGUGAAAACCUAACUCUAGAAGAGUUCGAUAAAAGCGGUGAUUUCCUCACAUCUGGCAAUCGAGCACCUCUCAAUCGCAAAAGGCGUGUAGAAGGGGAUUUGGUUGUUAUGCCUGCUCAAGAAGAGGAACCAGCUAAAGACAACCUUGGUAGAUCCGCCAUAGCUUAUCCACAGAACCAGCCUACACAUACUGGUUAUCUGACUCAUGCUACCAUGUUACCAUAUAAUUAA